AUGGAGAAAGAUAAUGAAUUCCACAAGCCAUUUGAAACGGAUACAGAUGCAUAUAAGAGAAUUGAUAUCAGAACAAGAUUACGCCGCACAACACUAUUCAACACCAAUUCAUACCACACAAAACCAUCUGACACCAUAUACCACACACAACCAUCUGAUACCACGUACCACACAAAACCAUCUGACACCACGUACCACACAAAACCAUCUGACACCACAUACCACACAAAACCACCUGACACCAUAUACCACACACAACCAUCUGAUACCACGUACCACACAAAACCAUCUGACACCACAUACCACACAAAACCAUCUGACACCACAUACCACACAAAACCAUCUGACACCACAUACCACACAAAACCAUCUGACACCACAUACCACACAAAACCAUCUGACACCACAUACCACACAAAACCAUCUGACACCACAUACCACACAAAACCAUCUGACACCACAUACCACACAAAACCAUCUGACACCACAUUUUACCACACAAAACCAUCUGACACCACAUACCACACAAAACCUGACACCACAUUAUACCACACAAAACCAUCUGACACCACAUAA